UACACAUACUCCCCCACCACAUCCCAGAGAGAGCGCACAGCGCACAGUGGCACCCACGGCUUGCUCUUGCUUCACGAUCAUCAACUAUCCUCAACACAAACACUACAGAGAUCGCUUUAAGCUUGCCUAGUAUCCCACAAACAUCUAUAAAAGCAUCUUCUACAUCUACUAUACAUCCCACAGGACUCCUUCAUCUCAUCCCCCCUCAUUGAGUAGACCAUGUACACUGUGGUAUCCCCUUCGACAGCACCACUCUCAGUUAAAUCGUCAACAUACUCGCAUCGCACUCUGUCGCCCAUCCCCGCUUCGCAGACAACUAUCAUGUCUGGGGCGUAUCCCAGCGGGGAUUUGAUACCCAACGGAACCAAGAUUAAUGUAGACCCCAGAGAUGGUACAAAUGUUGCUUUGGCGCUCGAUCUCGAUGCCCAUCAAAGUUCCGCGGAUCUAGUGGUUGAUGAUGAGAUGCCGCCGGUCGUCAACGAGCUCAAGGACGCAGCUGCAAUUCCUAUCGAUCCUGCUCUUCGAUUUGAAGGCGAAGAGGAACAAGACGAAUUCAUGAGGGAGGUAGUUAUUGGACAAAAGAGAAAGACGGAAGAAGAGCUCGAGGAGGAGAAAGAUGGGGAAGAAAUGGAUGGACAAGAAGCAGACGAUGCGAAUCAGCAAGAGAAUGGCGCAUCCAGGGAGGAGACUCAGGAUGAGGCUGUUGGAGAGGUCGUUCUGGGCUUUGAGGCACUCGAGGGUAGUGAAGGGGGCCAACCAGAGAGUGAGAAUGCCAUGGAGGAGGCAGACGUGGUUGAAAAAGGGGAUAAGCCUCAAACUGCAAAGCGGGCGCCUAGGAAAAGAAGAAAAUGGUUAAAAAAGGGCGAAGUUGAUCCGGAUGAUCCCGUUGCUGUUGCCAGACAACAAGCCAGACAUAGAUUGAUUGACGAUGCAAUUGCAAGUCUUAAUCAACAAGAAAAAGACUUAUUAGAUGGUUCUCAUCCUCAACUUCUGUGGCUUUGGCAGGAACUGGAAAGACGGAAGGAUGCCCAGUACCUCUGGGCGGAAGCGCGAGAACAAGCGGAUGAAGGCGAGUUGUUGAAGAUGUGUGAUCAUUGGAAAAAAUUCGCCAGGUUCAACUUCCAUGUGAGAUUGGAAGAAAUUGCCGACGAGAUAACUCAUGCCAAUCGACAAAAGAUGGCACGUCUCACAGCAGAAAGAAUCGCCCUUCGCCGGAAUCCCGACGCAUUACCCAAUCUCAGAGCGGGUCGUGGAGGAGGUGGCUGGGCCAUAGCAGAUAAACACCUCCUCUCUACAGGGGAACAAACUCUUGAACCUAUCGAGAUUGAUGGCCAAAUCAGACAGCGACGAGCUAUUGCCAGAGAUAUCCAAUCCCUCAGUCAGACUGAUAUACAAUCCGAUCUGUUAAAAAUGGGCCUCCAACGGCCUUCUGCUCCCCGAUCACCUUCGCCACCUCCUCGUCGACCAUCACCCGUGUAUCCAAUGUACAAUGACGGUCGAUCGCAAUCAAACAAACGACCUUCACAAACAUCAGCUUGGCAACAACCCAAAGAACACUACCAACAACCUCCACCGCCACCAUUACCUUCUUCCUCUCAAGUCGUCUCAGGUAUAUGGGAUCGACCCAAUUCUAUGUACCACCCUUCUAUGCCACUACCUCCACCUCAGCCUACAGCAUAUGACGCUCGCGCUGCCCGCGAUUACGAGGCUGGAAUGAGAAGAGACAGGAUGAAUCCGCCACCAUCUUCCUCUGCGCCGUAUGCCUCCAGGACAGAAUCUACGCCGAGGUACCAUUUUUGGCAGCCCAGCUCUGGACCUAGUCCCAAAACUAACGGGGCCCCACCUAUGAGCUACUUUUCUUCAUACCCUCGUUCUACCGCGCCGACAGGUCCUCCACCUGGCAUAGGCUUGCCUCCUCCCCGAUUAUGACGCUAGGCGGUAGGGCGUCAUUCUUGGUUCCCUGCCGAUCAACAUACAGUAGAACGCAAUCUAUCUUACGCGUAAAAUAUCCUUCAAAUAUAAACUCGUCAACAGCUUAACUUUUUAUCUUUACAUCUUUACACUCGCAUUUUUCUCGCCAAGGAGCUCAUUUGCCACUAGUCUAUAGACAUAGCCUUCCUUAUACAUUUUUUGUCAUCCGCAUUGUUUUGUGUUGUAGUGUAGCCUGGAUUCCGGCAUUGCACUUAGUUUCAUCUUUUGCAUUCGCAUAAUGUGUAAGGGGAUGC